CGGGACGCGCCCGCGCUGCGCCGCGGGCUGCGCUUCUACCAGGAGCAAUACGGCUUCGUGGGCAAACUGGUGGGAAGGUUCUAUGAUGAGAACGGGGCACCCACAGAGGCUCUGAAACAAGCGGAGGCCCUCAUUGAAGAAGGCUUGAAGCUUAAGGCACAAAGUGAAGAGGAGAACCGACAGUUUCCACCUUGCAACUCUGAAUGGAGCUCAAGUGGUGGCACCAGAUUCUGGUGUUCCAAACAAAGUGGAGGAGUGAAGAGAGACUGGAUUGGUGUACCGAGGAAGCUUUACAAGCCUGGAUCCAGAGACAGUUGUUGUGUGUGUGUGCGAACUACUGGGCCUCCUUCUGGGCAACUGGAUUACAGUGAGCAUAAGGACAGAGGUGACUUGGACAAUCCUCACUUGCAAGAAUAUGAAGGGUGCCAUCCACUAGCAGACUGGUGUGCUCUAAGAGACUAAGUUAAAAUAAGCUUUUUGGCCCCCAAAGUGAAAUAAGUUUGACAGGGCUAAGGGCACAAAAAGCACUUUUUCAUUUCAUUGCGGAUUUUCUUGCACCUUAAAAACAUGGAUCAGGAACCAGUUUGUAUAAGCAUGUGUAAAUAAAUGAAAGAACCACACUGUA